AAAAUGUUUGCUGUUGAGUUUUCUAAUCCCCUUUUUUUCCUCAAACUUUUUUUUUCUAAAAAAAAUGAUUAAAGAUACCCAAGGCCAAAUGGCGGCUGUUCAAGUAGCCAUACGAGUGAGGCCACUGAUGGAACGUGACCGAACACAACGUUUUAAUGGAGAAGUAUUAAGAUCGCAAGACAGACAUAUUCAAGUAGUACCACAAAACAAAUAUUUUCAUUAUGACCAUGUUUUUGGAUCAGAUACACAACAAUGUGAAAUAUUUGCUCGCUUAGGCGAAAAGCCAGUUCAGAAAUUUGUAGAAGGCUAUAAUGUCACCAUGCUUGCCUAUGGUCAAACAUCCUCAGGAAAGACAUAUACCAUGGGAACAGCACAACAUACGGAAGCUUCAGACCCAGAUCAAAACGGCAUUGUGCCUCGAGCAAUGGCUCUAUUGUUCAGUUUGCUUGAGCAACAACAACAACAACAACAGCAGCAGCAGCAGCAAACCAUAGGUUUACGCCCUGUAUCUCAGCCAAGUUCAUCUAAAUAUCGUUAUUCCGUCAAAGUAUCCUUUGUUGAGAUUUACAAUGAAGAUUUGAUUGAUUUAUUGAAUCCAGCCCCUCCUUCAGAAAAACCACCCGUGACCAUCAGAGAGGAUACAAAAGGCCACAUUUAUUGGACAGGCGUAAAGGAAGUAACAGUUCACAACACAGAUGAUGUUUUAUACUUUCUUCAACAAGGUACAGAGAAUCGUGCCACAGGUUUUACUGAUAUGAACGAAAAGUCGUCUCGAUCUCAUGCUAUUUUUUCUGUUACUUUAAAACAAGAACGGUUUGUGUCGAAUUCACCUCAGUCAAAUGGUGAUUGGGUCAUUACGAGUUCUAAAUUUCAUUUUGUAGAUUUGGCUGGUAGUGAAAGACUCAAACGAACAGCAGCAGAAGGAGACCGAAGAAAGGAAGGUAUCAAUAUCAAUGCGGGCCUAUUAGCACUCGGCAAUGUCAUCUCAGCACUAGGUGAUCCUUCAAAAAAAAGCACACAUGUGCCUUACCGUGAUUCCAAACUCACUCGACUCCUGCAAGAUUCAUUGGGCGGUAGUGCCAUGACACUUAUGAUUGCCUGUGUCAGUCCAGCCGAAUCCAACUUGUCAGAAACACUCAACACACUUCAAUACGCUAAUCGCGCACGCAACAUCAAGAACAAAAUGGAAAAGAACGAGAUGGAGGAAUGGAUGACAAACGACAAUCUUGAUUUCUUGCGCAACACAAUUUCCAAACUCAAGGCUGAACUUCGCAAUAAGCCAACCAAAUCUAUCGAGAAUUCACGUGUGCUGUCUGAUUUUGGUAGUGAGGAACAUCCUGAUUUUGAUGAACUGUAUCAUCAACAGCAUGUCAUGAUUGCAGACUUGCAGCAACAAGUAGAGGAAUUACAGGGAGCAGCCGAGUUUGUGAAAGAACGCAAUGUAGUAGUGGAAAAGGAGCUGGUCAGGUUGCGUCAAGAACAGUCGACGGAUUUUGAUUUUCAGCACUUGGUGGAGCCUGUGAUUGAAGAAUAUGAAAAAUCUAUUUCAGGUCUAGAGUCUCAAUUGGCUAUGAUUCGAGCUGCUCUAAGCCAUUCGGAUCAGGGAUUUGAAGAACAACAGGCCAAGAUUGAACAAUUAGAGAUUGUGAUUGAAAGCCAAGAAAAGACCAUUGGUGAAUUGCGACGUCGUGUAAGCAAGUUGCUGGAACGUCGACUGAAAGACGAGACUUAU